GAGGAGGGAGGAGGAACUAGCACCUGUUACUUGAUAGGCAUAUUCAGGCAGAGAGUGCAGAAGGCAGGUUUCAAUUUUACCUUUGGACCAUACCCUAAAAACUGACCUUUUAAGCAACCACAAUGGAAGAGGAAUAUGGCACCAGGAUCCUAGGAAACCCAAGAACAUGGAUCAGGAAAAGAUUCUUGCAACAGCAUCUUCCAUGAUUAAUCAGCCAUAGGGGAUGACGAAAAGAAGCUAACAAUAAGCCCAGGUCUUGAUUGCUCCUGGAGGAAAAAGUGUGUAUCAAGGGUUAAGACAGCUUAGAUGCAAGCUUCUAUUGUCUCACAACCCAGAGAACCAGUUGGUGACAAGAGGCAGAUGCUGAUGAGGGACCAUGUGAGACUGGAACAGUGAAAGAAGCUUUCUUAUUGUUGGGAUCUCUGCUUCAAUCAUCAGCUUUUGUCAGCACAAGAAGCAAAUGCUACUAAAAUGAAGAUUUGUCUCAAGAGCCCAAACAUAGCUAAGAAUUGCUGCAUGACCUGAACACCCUUGCGCCAAGAAGCGCCAACCUGUUGAAGACAUGGCCAAGAUUGUAAUACCUAUGAGUGGAAUUCCUGAAAGGCAAGGAAUCACUGACCCAGCCUCCUGGAACUAAGAUGUCAUAACCAGAACAGCACGUUCAAGAAGAUUAAUAUUCCCACAAAGGAACAAAAAAGAUGGUACCAAACAACUAGUCUCUCUCAUAGCCCAAGCCAUGAGCCAGGCAGAGAAAUGCCAUUUCCACAGCACUUAGAAAUCAGUUCCCCAAUCCCGUUGAUGUUAUUGCCAGUUUUGUCACCAAGGCAUUUUACAUUGUAUGGCAAAAUGUGUUGAAAAAAGAUGGAAAAAUACCACCUUGACAGUAGAAAAGAUGUCUUCAGGGUGCCUUUGCAGUGGGCUGGAGAAAAGAAAGAAGUGAUGACAUGAGAAGAUAACUGGCAGGAUCAGGGCGUGCUCAGAAAGGAGCUGCAAAACACUGAAGCAGGUUUCAGCCUCAGCCUCAGCCAGAAGAGUUUUCCAUUUCUGCUGUUUCCUCUCAACCAUUUCCAUCCAAGAAAGAAAAAAAUGUGAUUUGGAUAGGAACUGAAUAAAAGUUCAUUGCCUCUAUCCCUGGGAAAAUGUGUCAAGUACCCACCCUCUUCCUUGCUGCCAAUCUUCCGGGCCAGUUAAAAGCAGCAAUUCCUGUGGCCCAUCCUUGCUGUAUAUGAGCCGGCUCAGCAUCCACUAUGGCGGAAAUGGAGCACCUGAAUGAACCCAGACUCCCAGCGCAUGCCAGCCGGAUCCAGAGGAACAUCUUGGAAGAGCACGUGGAACUAUGGUGGUUCCAGGAGCCCAAGAAAUCCCUUAUUUGCUAUGGAGUAGCAGUGGCCUUGAUCCUAGCCUGUGGGGUAGGUGGCAUUGCCCUUCUGUACAGUACUAGCAGUCGCUCUGGAGAGUGGAGGCUGGCAGUGGGCACAACACUCUGUCUGCUGGCACUCUUGGUACUACUGAAGCAGCUGUUGAGCUCUGCCAUCCAGGACAUGAACUGCAUUCGCAGACGGGAACAGGUGGAGUUGCUGAAAAGCGGGGGUGCCUCGGACUGCGCUGUGCUCCUGCUGACAGCCUUGGUGCUGCUGGUGUGUGGCACAGUGCUCACAGCCCUCUCUACCACCAGUGUCAGCACUAACCCCUCAGCCCCGCGCCCCCUUGCCAGCAUGUUUAUCAGUGGCAUUGUGCUCACAGUCGCUGGAGCAAUUAUCCUCCUCAGCCUGUUGUUCUAUUUGACAUGGACUUCCUGCCGUAAGGCUACCCGUCAGAACCAGGGGGCUCAAAACAACAAUGCCAUUUUCACUGUAUCAGGACAUGUUUCAGCCAGCCAGCAAUUUCCUCCUACCUCCAGCAUGGCAAACCUAAUUUAACCACCAAGGACAUAACUCAGAGAUUACUCUGACCAUAGGGUUGGAUUUGCCCUACAUUUGCCAUCUGACCCAAACUCAGCAACUUGAUGAAUUUGUCACCACAGAGCAGUUAUUCUCAGUCAGUCUAGAGGCCUGGCUUCUUGGUCAGACAUCAGAACCAGUUCUGAUAUUUGCUUUGGACCACAGGAGAUUCAAAAGAAGUGUGAGUGAAGGAAAGCAAAUGGCUAUUGUUCCAAAGUGGGACUAUGGCUAUCCUAAGUAACUAAGGCAACUUGCACGCGCAGAGAAGCAUCUCUCUCAGUGGUUCCACUGAAAAUUCAUUUCAAUCUAACGUUGGUUUAUGCGGCAUUACUGUUACACCUAUUUCUUUUUUGCAUUCAAAAGGACUAGAAGCUUGCUUUUACAAAAAGGAAAGCCGCAGCUCUGUAGAAAUUAAAUCAGAUUUAAGCUUAUGUGACAUAAUUGUCAGAAACCCCAAAUGCACUAAGUUCUAUUUAGAACAACCACAGUAUGAAUGCUAAAGAUUAACUAAACUACAUAGAGCAUAUUUCCAACCAAGCGUAUCUUCCUAGCCAGAACACUGAGAAUCAUGGCAAAACACCCUAAGAUACAGCUAUCAGGGUUACUGGAGGUGGACUAUAAAAAUCCAGGUGAUCACAAGAUGAUAGUAACAAGUUAUAUUUGUAUGUUUCUUUUUGCUAUCUUCAGUAGUAAUCCAAAGUUUUGUAAUCCAGACAUGGCACUUGCCAAUUAUUAUUUAUUUAUUAUUUAUUAAAUUUAUUGGCUGCCCACCUUACCACAGGCUAAUGGUACUCGAUAAAAUAAUUUAAGAUUUUAGUGUUCUCCAGUUUGGAAACAAAAUAAAAUCACCCAGUCACUGGGAAUCAGGUGGCAUGUAAAUUUCACGAAUAUUUAUUAAUAGUAUUAUAAAAGAAAGUUUACAGGAGAAGCAUACUGUGUGAAUCCAGGGAGGCAUCAAUUCAUGUAAUAUAUGAAAACAAAAGUUUUAUAGGCAUGCUAGUAUAUGAAGAAAUAAUAUUUACUUGGUUUACCUUUAUAGUGGAAAUCACUAGGUCUGAUUAUUUCAAGAAACAUCUUGCUCUAGACCAGGGGUAGGCAACCUUGGCUCUUUUAUGACUUGAGGACUUCAACUCCCAGAAUUCUGGGAGUUGAAGUCCACAAGUCAUAAAAGAGCCAAGGUUGCUUACCCCUGCUCUAGACAAAGAGCAUCUGCAGAUUAGGAGCUUUAUAAUGUCUGUCCCGUCCUGCGAUGCCAGCUCUCUCAACAGACAUAAAAUAGCAAAAAAAAGUCAGCAAAGUUUACUUAAAUUGUACUGUACCAGUAGUCCUUGACUUACAACAGUUUGUUUAGUGACUGUUCAAACUUAAGACACUGAAAUAAGUGAUUUACGACCAUUGCAGCAUCCCCACGGUCAUGUAAUUAAAAUUCAGACGCUUGGCAAAUGGUUCAUAUUUAUGACCAUUGUUGUGUCCUGGGAGGUCCUGGGAUCAACUUUUGUGACUUCCUGAUGAGCAAAGUCAAUGGAGAAGCCAGAUUCACUUAACAGCGAUGUUCCUAACUUAACAACUGCAGUGAUUCACUUAACAACUGUGGCAAGGAAGGUUGUAAAACGGGGGAAACUCUCUUAACAAAUGUCUCAUUUAACAACAUACAUGUUGGGUUCAAUUGUGGUCAUACAUCGAGGACUACCUAUAUUAACUCUUGAUUUCCAUCAGACAUGGAAAAGGAGAGGAAUGGGAUGAUAUCUUCCUUAAGAAAGGUGGGGAUGCUUGCAGUGAUACGGGGUCCUUUUAUCUCAGUAAAGUACAACACAGCUACAUUUCUAUUGUUUUAAAGUGAUUUUGGCAUUAUCUACAAUACUGGGUCUGGAAGAAAAAAAAGAUGUUGCUUUGUUCAGCUUCUAAGUCCUUUUGAAAUGUCAUUUGAUUCAUGUGUAUCUUGAAAAUCAAAAUUAAAUAAGAUAAUGUAACAGUUUGUUGCUUCACCAGGUACCAAUGUACUUAUGGAUAGUUUACAUCCAAUUAUCAUAUUACUACAACUUAGUUCUCACAUACAAGCUUAUUCACUCAUCCUCAGAUAUUAUAGCAAUUUCCAUAAGAAUCCAAAUCAAAAAACAUGUGGAGUAAUCUGCUACUAUUCCCCAUAUUUCUGCGGUGCCUACUUUAUCAAAUAUCAUUCUGGAGUUGCAUAGCCAAUACAUUUCCUCACAUUUAUGACAUCAAAAUUAUCCUUACUUUGCAUCUUACCAAAACAUGUGAAAAACCAGAGAAUAUGCAUUUUUUUUCUUGCUAUAAACAUUAAAAGUUCAAAAAGUUCAUUAA